ACCGAGUGAAAGCCACUGUCAGGGUUCUCCGUGGCUGUCAUUGUCUCAUUUAGGGUGCAUCCAAGGAGGGAGUUGCACAGUGAGUGAACAGACACCUGGGAGGCAUCUCUGGGCUUGUCAGACACAUGCCAACUAAACCAGACAGUUGGCAAGCCAAGAUGAGCUGCAAAUAGCAGCUGCCACUGCAUAAUUGGAACAAAUAGAAGUCAGAGAAGCAGAAAAUAAGAUGAAACAACAAGAGGUGCCUCGGCUCCAUUGGUGGCAGUCCUUUAGCUGACAGGCUGGGGGAGGUGUGUUACAGCUUGUACCUGGUCAGGGUUUUUUAUGCUUGUGUAACUAACUGCUGUAUGCUAUGGGUGCAGUGUUGCUAUGGACUGCUGAGCCAGAACCGGAGUAAUCAGAUGAGAGCUGGAGUGGGGAGGCUCACGUGGAGACACAGCGUCUACCAGGGAUUAAAAAACAGGAAUCUUGAUUGAAGUUCCACUAGUCUCCCUCCGCAAGCGGGAUAUAAAGGGGUGAGAGACAGAGAGGGAGAGAGAGAGUGACAGAGGGAGAAAGAGAGAGGUACAGAGGGAGAGGGAGGUACAGCAGUGAGAAAGAGUGGGAGGAAGAAAGAGCGAGAAGGGGAGCCAGCGCAGUGCGGGCGGGAGGGGGAAUGAGUGAGAGGGGAGAGACAGGAAGCGUGCCACAGCAACUGAGCCAGAGAUGCAGGGAGGGAAAGCGAGUGAGAGGCAGACACCGGCUUGGACAGGAAAAGAGAGCAAGUGGGUGGGGGUCUAAGAAGAAAUAAUCGGAAUACAUUUUUUGGGGGGGAGAAAGAGGGAAAGAGCAGGGGAGAGAGAAGUCAAUGAGAAAAACAUUCCAUGUGAAUGGCAAGGGCGGGAAGCUGGAGGAAAAGCUCAUUCUUUAAGGAGUCUUCCUCUGUGACGGCUUGCUGGACUGCUUCUAUCAUGUUCUCAGACACCAGAGUUCCUGGGGAGCACAGUGGCUUUCAACACAGCAACCCUCAUCUCAACCUCUGGCUUCACAAUGGACUCAGGGCCCACCACAGUGAAAUGGGUCUCAAUGGGCAGUGCAGGCGGGCUGAUGCCAACCUUACCUAUCCCAACAGAGUCAAGAAGGUAGGCUUUACAUCACAAGAGGUGUUGAACAACAUGCAUGGGAAGGAAAGGACGGGUCCCCAUUUGAAUGAACUGGGUCUAGAGGCUAGGAGGCUGCGCUUCGGCUUGUGGGAGCAUCGUGUGCAGCCAGAUUUGAGCAGCCAUGAGGGCAGUCCUUCCAGGUGGAGCCAUGGCCAGUCUCCAGCACCAGGCCUGAGACACAGGGCGUCUGUCAGGGACCACUACACAGAACGCUCCUUUGUUGGGAACGCCCGCCAGACUUUACUACACCCUUCAGUCAGGAAGUACGUGAAGGCCCCCGUCCUCGCUCAGCCAACACAGUUCAAAGGUCAAGAUGGCUGUAAAGUGCCUGUUUGUUUGGAGGACCAGCUUUGGGGCUAUUCCAGACAGACUUGUCAGAGAGACCUUCAUACGUCCAGCUGGGUGGAUUCAGCUACAGCCACACAGGGCUUACCAAGACACCAGAGUUUCAGUUCCACCUUGAGAUCCAACAAAAAGAAUGUCCAAAACAGUCAGAGAGACUUGACUAGACCAGUAAGCGGACCAGAGACCAAACUACACCAGCAAGACUUGACUAGACCUGUGGAGGGUUACAAUGGACCCAGCUCUCUGCAUGUCAUCUUCUCCACAGAGAUUCCUCAGAGAGAUAUGGGAGGUCCCACUCUCAGACCCCAGCAGAGUCCCAGUAAGCCAUGUCCCGCCCCUGAGGACAUCCAAACCAGGCCCCCCAGAGGUGACCAGGGCUCCAGGAGUGGGUCAGGCCUGACUGGGUCAAAGAAGCACCAGAAGGUUGUCCGGGAUCAGAUCCGGAGAGUGGUGGAGAACUUGGAGGAGGUUCUAGGAGGCCUGAAGGACAUCCAUCAGGAGAUGAAGGAGGUGGUGCAGCAGAUUGAGCUGCUGACCUCGUCCAUUGACCUGAGUGAAGAGGAGGCCAGCCCCAGCCAGCCCAGCGACAGCAGCUCCAGUGGAGUGGCAAAGGGCAGCAGCCACCAGAGGCUCAGGGGUGAGGAGGCCAGGCAGGAGGAGGCAGCUGUGUCUUCCCCCAUCAGGACUAACUCACUCCAGCCUCACAACCCUGCCUCCAGCCUGGUCUGCCUCCCCCACCAACCUGCUCCCAGCCCUCAUAGGAGUAGCCCUGUUCGCCCUCCCACCCCUGCUCAUUCCCCCCUCAGUACCAACCCACCUCACUCCAACACCCCUGCUCCCUCAGUCAAGAGUCAGCAUUACCCACACAACCCUGCUUCUUCCCCCAAAAAGAGCAGUCUACAUUACCCCCUCAACCCUACUCUCUUUCACAACCUUGGGCUUUCCCCCCAAAAAAGUAGUCCACCUCCUCACCCAUCUGCCCUUGGUCUUUCUGUCACCAUAGCGAACCAAGCAGGGCCACCCAUUGUGGAGCCUCUCCCUGUCAGACCACCCAGAGACCCUGAGACCCAGACCAGGGUGGAGGGGCUAAGGCCAACAUCUGCUAAAUCACUGGGGCUAACCCAAGGCCAGAUGGCCCCUCACGGCCCAGGGAGAGUUCCAGGGACCAGUGGCCGCAAGCCUCCUCCGUACCCGCACAAUGGACACUUUGAUCGGGCAAGUAAAGGAAAGGAUCCCAGGAAGGCUCCCCCAUACACUGUGAAAAGAAGACUGCUCUCGACCACGGUGUGAGGGAGGCCGUUGGAUGGAUAGAGCCACAGUUGCAGGAGUAGAGGGUGAUUUAAGGCUCGCCACAUUGAGCAGAGACCAAAUUUCCAAGGCGACGGGAGGCGUCUCGGGGUGAGUAUAUGUCAGCAAAGCCAUGCUGCGUUUGUGCUGACACCAUGUCCCCCUUUCUGCCUUGGCUCUAACAUCUUAAUAGAAGGAUAAGAGACGGAAACAGCUGGUUCCACUGCACUUGUAACGACUAGGGCCCGAUGCAGAUGCUCACAUUGCAGGAUAUUGACAGGGCCAAAUAGGAAGUGAGAACGUCUCUUUGGCGUCACGCGUCUCUUGGCUGACUUGGUUACCCUGUGCUUGGAUGUGUGUCAGGGGGGGAGACGGGGACAGCUGAUCAUUAGUCCUACCCUUCAAAGGGCCCGUGGUGGUGACGCAAUUGCAUUUCCACUGCCUCUAGCUUGACCCCCCUCCUCCACAAGCGCCAUCUGUUCCCUGUAAAUGUCAGUCAGGAGAUAGAGGAAGAGAGAGAGACAGGGAAAUGCAGGCCAGACUGUCUGAGAUCAUUUACGCAAGAGACGUCAUGACUCCCUCAUUUGGGUCGUAUCAGUAGUUCAGAAGCAAUCUAAAUGUGUCAUUGAAUGUUGUAGAUCAUGUGUGUAAUUUGAUGCCCUCUUGUGGACUUGACAUGGACUUCAGCAGAUGCUUUUGGACUGGAAACAUGGUUCUAAUUAGGAAUACAUGCCAAUGCAAUUUUAAACUAUGUUGGCUCUGGCUAUGGUUUUUGACACUUAAAUAGACACAGGAAAGUUCAAAGUAAACAGUUUGAGUAGUAACAGAUGGACAAUAGUAAUGACGUGUUUAUAGUUUGGUUUGAGAUGGAAUGCAACUCAACCAACAGAAAAAGUGAAACAUUGGCAAAUAAAGGAGCCAUUGGAGGAGAGAGGGAAAACAAUGUAUUGCCAAGACUGAUGUGCACACAUAUACAUUUGUGAUGUCCAAAAACGUUAAGCCUUUUGAAUGACUUAGCGUAAUAGCUCCAUUCUUAUGUGGAACAUUCUAGUUACACUGGAUAUAAUGCUAUGGAAUCUGCUGAACUGACAAUGUGUGCACUGUAAAACAAGAGCAUGAGAUCAGCACACUCAACUUUUCUGAAAGUAAUCCAAGCUGACAACCAUCACGCAGCAGGGACUUUCUUAUCAAGCACAGCUCUGUCAAAACAAAACAGGAGAACAAACAUUUCACAUUCUCAGACAUGACUUUUAUUGGAGCAUACGUUGCACAUUGUGAAUCAGAACACAGUAGAAAAGACUUUAAAACAUUUUUAACUUUCUGUUUGUCUCUCGAUGCCUGUCAGCGCCUUGUGGCAUUUCCUGUUGGGACCCCAGGGACUCUCGCUGGCGAGGAGGGGGACUCCACUAUCAACACAAAGGUCCUCCUCUGGACAGAGGGAUAAACCUGGAUGGAUAUGGUACGUGCUGCUAGCUACCUGUCCCAUAAAUCAAGGCAAGACAGUACAUCUCUAAUCCUGGUGGGCCAAAUGAGUGUCUGUUCUAAAGCUCAACCUAGCUUCAGUAAGACUGUUGGUAGGAGUAAAACGUCAUCAACAGCAUUGAAUGACGAUUGGUUGGUUGAAUCAGGUGCUCCGUGCAGAUCAAAAACACAGAAACUGGGCUCCCUGCCCUACUCUGUCCGGGUUAACCAUUUACUUCCAGAGAGAAGCAGCUGAUUGGAAAAAACAUAAUUGUGUUUACGUGUGCACGAUGAAGACUAGACUACUCACAUUUCCCUGGCUUAGCAUAAGACUUAGAAAUCCUCUGAGACUACAUCUUUCUAAACCCGCCAAGAUCAGACAUCCCCAUAUACAUUAUCAUACAGUAAAGCCAUAUUCCUAAAAAAAAAAAAAAAAAUCCCCCAAAAUAUAUAGAUUUAUU